AUGAAAGUGUUGCUGUGGCGGUUGCGCUGCCGGCCUAGGCCAGCUCCGAGCUGCCCAUUGAGUCAUUCGUCGCGAAGCUUCUACCACAAAACCGAUCCGCUUCCGCGCCCGUCUCUGAGCCUCGAGAACUUUCGAUUCGCCACAACCGCUAUCGGAAACGCCUCUGCAUUCCCCAAGCCUCGAAAAGACGCCGCACUUGACCAAAGAGGACGAUACCGCUUCCAUUCUCACUCAGCAUCUCCCAACAUGGCCGAAGCACGGUGGAGCGGCCAGUUGGUCCGCAAGACCUUUCUCGAUUAUUUCAAAGAGAGGGGCCACACCAUCGGUAUGCCCUCACCCCCACGUCUGCGCUUUCCUUCGAUUCCAGAUCUAGCAAGCUCAAUAUCGCCGUCUCUGCCUCUCUGGGCUGCGCGACCAUGUUUUCGAGAACAAUGGAACUGA